AUGGCUCAGCCGGCGACACCAGCCCGCCGCGCGCUCUACAACGACCCCACCUUCUCCGACAUCAAGAUUCGUCAAAUCUACAAGGGCCAGGUCAAGGAGUAUGAGGCUCACAAGGCUGUACUUUGCGCUCACUCUGGGUGGUUCAUGGCAGCUUUGACUGGCCGAUUCAAGGAAGCCUCUGCAGACACCAUCGAAGUCUACGAAGACGAUCCGGAAACCUUCCAAACCAUGGUGGAGUUCUUCUACGAGAUGGAGCUCAAGAAAUCACCUCCAGGUCGUAACACCAACAGUCUUUUCCAGAGCGACGUGAUUCCUCUUAUUGCCCUUCACAUUCUCGCCGACAAGUACGAUGCCAAAAUUCUACAGAAGGCCGCUAUGGUUGCUUUCGAGACUCGUAGCGAAGUCUCAGGCUCUGGCCCACAGUUAGAGACAACGAAGAUGCUAAUACGCGCAUAUUACUCAGUUUGCCCAAGAGUUAUGGGUGAUAUAGGUCAAGCUAUAGUCAAGUACAUCUUCAGAUCAUACUCCGAUUCUCUGCGGAACGGAAAUUACAACAAGCUAGCCGUGCAGUACGGCAACUUUGGCGCCGACCUGUUUCUUGUUGGUAGGGCUAAUUCAAAGCUCAUACUGAAUUAG